AUGGAUGAUGGCUACGACCUCCCUCUCGCACUCAAAGAUUGGCUCUACCCCACUGACGGCACCACACGAGAUUUCGCAUCCCUUCAAGUCGUCUUCGGACGAGGUGAAGAAUACUUCGCAUCCGACAAGAAUGGCAAGCUGGAGUACAAAGAGCCGGAGUUGAAGAAGCCGGCACCCAUUGAAGAUGACGAGAAGCUUGAUAGGCAAGCACUAAGGAGAUCGCGAACGGUCUCGUUCUUGCGACCAUUAUCGGAAACGAGCAUGCGAUCGGAUGGCGGAGUGAGCGAUACGAAUAGAAGCAAGCGGUCGAGUUCAAUCAGUUCGCAACGAGCGAGUCGGCCACCGAGUCUAAGUUACACGAAUUCGAGGACGAACUCGGAUAUCUCGCUGUUGGGGGAGACGAUUGUUGAGGGUCAAAUGAGACAACCGGGACGACCUUCGUACAUAUCGCAGUGGACAGCUCUUGGCUCGGGUGUAGGCGAUUCGGAGAAGAUGGAGUCGCCGCAAAAGUCAGAUCAGAGGACAGACACCGAGCCAGUGAUAGAGCCAGACCGCGAGCCGGUGUCGACGAAGACGAUAUCUCCAGCACCAGUCGAGAGCACACCAUCGCCACCAUCAUCACAGCCCGCCCUGACCCCCGAACCCACGACACUACAACAGAGUCCUCAGCCUCAACGAAGACCCACUUCAGAAACUCCACCAUCGAACUACACUGCCAUACCUCAAGAGCCUUCCUACUACACGGACGAAGACUACGAUACACCACCCGUUUUCAUGGGGCGCAUGUCGACGUACUUUAGUAAACCGGGGUACCAGUUGGGAGAUAGCUUAUUCAGUGGGUAUCAGCCGAUUGAUUGGGGGAGUGGGUAUGAAGAAGUGGAGGUGGAGGGGGAUGGUUAG